GUUCCAUUUCACACUAGUCGACUCCGCUGGUGUUUCCCAUCGGUGUUUUUGCAUCUCUUCGUCUUCUUUUCUUCAAUUGGUGGUGGUUGGUUCAUACUUUCAGGCAAGUGUAUAAGUCAAAACAUUUUUUGCCCUUUUAUUUAUUUAUUUAUUUAUUUAUUUUUGCUUUUGUUGGAACUGAAUUAUAUUUGGUUCAUUAAAAGCUCUCUUCUUGCUGGGGGUACCAAUUUUUUUGCUUUAAAAAAUAUUACUAGGGUUUGCUAGAAUGGAAGAGACAAGCAAAGGGAGCAAGAAAUGGCAGGAGGACAUCUAUUGGAACCAUUUUCACUGCAUUCACUUCAUUUCCCAUCUCUACGGAGAUUUUCAGAAGCAUCUUGCCAUCCCUAGAAAGUUUGCUUGUAAAUUGAAAAAGAAACUGCCUGAGAGUGUGGUGCUUAGAGGACCUGGCGGUUUUAUGUGGAAUGUAAGAUUAAGUAUGGAAGGUGACACACUAUACUUUAAUGAUGGUUGGCAAGACUUUGUUAUAGAUCAUUCUUUGCAAGAGAAUGAUACAUUGCUCUUUGAGUACAACAGAGAAUCCCGUUUUGACGUGUUCUUGUUUGAGCAGUCAAGCUCAUGUGAGAUUGAAUCUUCAUACUUUGUUAAAAGAUGUUUAGAUGUGGAUGCAACAGAUGAGAGCAGAGACCAAACAAAGAGAAAGAAUAGAGAAGUCAUUCAAAUUGAUGAUGAUGCAGAGAAAGAACAAAAAACUGCAAGAAAUAAAAGGGUUUCUUAUGUACGGUAUCUCUCAAAUAGAAGGCCAGUGACUAAGGAGGAAAAAGAUACUACUUUGCAGCAAGCACGUGCAGCAGCAAAUCCUGACAGUGUGGUGGUGGUUUUGCAGCCCAAGCAUGUAUAUGUGAAGUUCACCAUGGGAUUCUCUCACAAAUGGAUGGGCAAGCAUAUUUCUUCAGAUGACAAGUUUCUGAUUCUCCGUAUGAUGGAGAAAAUGUGGAGAAUUUCAUUGACACAUGUUCAAAUUCUUGAUUCUUGGAUGCUUAUCUUUGGUUUGGAGAAUUUUGAGCUUGGCUGGGAGAAUUUUGCACUCGGGAACUACUUAGAAGAAUCUGAUGUUUGCGUGUUUAAUCCUGCUGGUCGGAACAAAGAUGGCAUUUUCAUGGCAGAUGUUAGCAUCUUUCGCGUAGUGGAAGAGGUAGUUGCACCAAUUGGAGUGAAAUCUUAAGUACUGCUACUUAGGAGCAAGUGACAAUUUUUGGGUGCUUUCACGUCCUGUUCUGGCCGUUUCAUCCCACGUAUUUGGACUUUUGAGACAGCCAACUGAAUGCUGCCAUUUCUUUGUUUUUGACUGCUGCAAACUGUGAGGGAAGUCAGUUUUGAACUACAUUAAGAUCCGAGAAAUGGUUGUCUUGGUGGACCACAGGUGUAAUUGUUAUAUGGAUUGCUUGUUAAUGCAAUGAUCUUUUGUGAAACCUUAUUAACUUUAUCAUUGCUGUUCUGGAUUCUGGAAAUACUCAUGGGUUCAAGAAAUAGAAUACAGGAAGUGCCAGGAU